AUGACUUUUCCAAUCACCAAAGUUGUUUUUUUCUUACUCUUUUGCCUUAUUGGCACAACUUCUGCUCAAUUGUCCUCGAAUUUUUAUAGCAGAACAUGUCCUCUUUUGCUUCCAACCAUUAAAUUAGAAAUACUUGCUGCUGUUAUCAACGAGCGUCGCAUGGGUGCAUCACUACUUCGUCUUCAUUUCCAUGAUUGCUUUGUUCAAGGUUGUGAUGCAUCAGUACUAUUGGAUGAUACAUCAAGUUUCACAGGUGAAAAAACAGCAGCUCCAAAUGCUGGUUCCUUGAGGGGUUUUAAUGUAAUUGACACCAUAAAGUCCAAAGUAGAGAGAUUAUGUCCUAAUAUUGUCUCUUGUGCUGAUAUUCUUGCUGUUGCAGCAAGAGACUCGGUUGUUGUUCUUGGUGGACCUAGUUGGAAUGUUCAAUUGGGAAGAAGGGAUUCAACAACAGCAAGUUUAAGUUCAGCUAACUCAGAUUUGCCAGGUCCCUCCUCUGAAUUAAGUGACCUUACUAAUGCUUUCUCUGCCAAAGGUUUCACAGUUAAAGAAAUCGUUGCUCUUUCAGGAUCACACUCAAUUGGUCAAGGUAGCUGCAGAUUUUUCAGAAACAGAAUUUACAACGACAACAACAUAGAUCCCACCUUUGCAAAAUCAUUGCAAGCAAAUUGUCCUACCAGUGGUGGUGAUGCAAAUUUGUCCCCACUAGAUACCACCACACCAAACACAUUUGACAAUGCUUAUUACAGGAACUUGCAAAACAAAAAGGGUCUCUUUCACUCUGAUCAAGUGCUUUUCAAUGGUGGUUCCACAGAUUCUCAAGUUAAUUCUUAUGUUAACAACCCUGCAAGUUUUGGAGCUGAUUUUGCUAAUGCAAUGAUCAAAAUGGGAAACCUUAGUCCACUUACUGGGUCUAGUGGUCAGAUAAGGAAUAAUUGUAGGAAUAUCAACUAA